GCCUGCCUGCUCGGGAUCUUCCGGUACUCAAUUAUAAAUGUUCAUCACAUCAACAACAAACUACAGUUGUUUCUGUUUAGAGGCGCACUUGAACGUCAACAUCGCAUUUUCUACUUCGUGUUUGCUUUUGACGAAAAACCUGAGAGAUUUGAGCAAAAAUGCCUCUGGCUAAGGAUCUGAUGAACCCCAGUUUUGCAGAGGAGAGGACCAGACACAAGAAGAAGAGGCUGGUGCAGAGUCCCAACUCCUACUUCAUGGAUGUUAAAUGCAUAGGCUGCUACAGGAUCACCACCAUCUUCAGCCAUGCCCAGACAGUGGUACCUUGUGCAGGCUGCUCUUUAGUCCUCUGCCAACCACGAGGGGGCAAAUGCAGACUAACUCCAGGCUGUGCCUUCAGAAGAAAAUAUUCCUGAGCAGAAAUCUUUAAAAACACCCAUGACAGGCAGCAGAAUGGACCAUGGAUAAAUGAGUCU